CUAAGCGGUGUGCGGACCAAGCAAGGUCAUCAUCUCAUUUCUUUAGAAACCUGAAGGGAUCUUUGGCCGGUGUUGUUGCUGUCGUCGUUGCCGUUGUUUCUGAGAAAAAGGCAGCAUCGUAGCUCUUGUCAAAGACUUCUUCUUUUGGAGACCGACAGCAAGAAGAGGAGCAACGAUCAAUCGUAGCGCUAGCUAGCUAGGAAGUGUUUCCAUCAGCAAUUGUAAAGAAAUCUGGAAUCGAAUCAAUCAAAAAAGAUGAGCGACCCAAGUGCUCCGAUGAAGCUCACAGUAGAGCAAGCAAUAGAACGGCUGGGCACUGGAAAGUUCCAGAGACGGAUGGUCAUAGCCAUGGGGUUGUGCACGGCAUCCGAUGCCAUGGAAGUUCUCUUGCUGAGUUUCUUAUCCAUUGUGGUGCAGCAUGAGUUUGGUGUGGGACCCCACGAAGGAUCCCUCUUGACAUCCAGUGUCUUUAUAGGAGCCAUGAUUGGAACCUUCAUUCUGGGAAGGAUGGGAGAUAUUGUGGGCCGAAAACCCAUGUUUUUGACUUCCUCCGUUAUCAUUUCUGUAGCUGGUUUGCUCACUGCCCUAGCACAGUCCUAUUGGGUCAUGGUGGUUCUGAGAAUGGGAGUUGGUGUGGGUCUUGGUGGAUUGGUCAUCCCUUACGAUUCACUGGCAGAACUCAUGCCAUCGAGAGAUCGAGGUCGCUAUUUGUUAUUGGGGGGAUACUUUUGGGCUCUUGGUUCCGUCUCAGUUGCGGGACUAGCCUUCUUGGGGCUACAAGAAGAAGGCUCCUGGAGAUUGUUUGUCCUUCUUUGCAGUGUCCCUUGUGUCAUUAGUACCUUUCUAGCCAUCGUUUGGGUGCCGGAGAGUCCUCGUUGGUUGGCGUCCAAAGGCAAAGAAGAGAGGGCGCUGGAGAUUCUGAGAGACGCAGCAAGACAAAACGGGAAAGAUCCCAUGGCAGUGUUCCCUGCUGGACUCACCCUGGUUGAGAAUCCAAAUGAAGAGCAGCUCCAUUCGUUGGGUUGCUUGUUCAAGAAAGAGUGGAGAAAGUUGACACUUAUCAUUUGGGGCGUUUGGUUGGGCAAGUCGUUCAUGUACUGGGGUACCGUUCAACUGGUCACGCUUGUCUUUGCCAAUGAAGACCCCAACAAUUUGCAAAACGAUCAGACGUACACAUUCGACUACGGAGCCAUUGGCGCCAGUGCCUUGGCAGAGGUAGUUGGUGCUACCAUUACAAUUGUGUUUUUGGAACGAGGAGGACGCAUGACUCUCCAAUCCAUCCUCUACUUGAUGACCGGAAUUUUCUCAAUCAUAUUGUGCUUGUUUGCUUCUGACGCGUCCCCCAAUCGAGCAGUGUUGGUGGUCUUUGCCUUUCUUGCCAGAAUGUGCGCCCAAGGGGCGACUGGUUUGACAUGGCUCAUUACGGCUGAGAUUAUUCCAACCCGAAUUCGCAACACGGGACAUGCCACCGCCAGUGCCAUUGCAAGGAUUGGAGGAGCAUGUAGCCCAUGGCUCAUGUCCUCGGAGAAUUCAUUCCAAACCAUUGCCAUUGCCUAUGGAUUUGUGACAAUCUACAUCACCAUUAUGGUGUGCUUCUUGCCGGAAACUGGCGGAACAGAACUGGGAACCGCGGGAUCGUUCAGUGAGGAGGAUCAUACACAUGUCAGUGAGAUCAUCUGAGCUUGCCAGCAAAAGGAAUAGAGAAUCACUACGCGAGAGAACCUGGCUGUAAGCCUGGCACGACGCUGAUACCGGUACCCGAGUGACGGUGCAGCUUUUCAAUACUCGAAUGCAUACGAAUCCUACAUGAAAAAUGGGCCAGGAGUCAUGGGUAAAAUCCUGCUUCUGAACGAAGAAUGGCCGCAUCCUUACCCUCACCGCUAAGAUAGAACAAUAGAGACAGAUGCAUUAUC